UAUAACGCAUUUAGUUGAUGCUUAAUCGCUGAAAAAAUCGAAUUUUAAAGUAUAAUAGCCCAUUAGUAUCAUACCGUUCAUUAACAGCUUAUGCGGAAGGCAGUAAAAGAUAAAUAUUAACGAUUUCCUAAAAGCGACACCUUCAAAACAAUCAGCGAAGAAUGAAAUGGUAAAAAGAACUCUCACGCACAGUUUAGCUAUUCCAGUGUUGUAGUAGCGAUCAGAGCAAACAAAGAUGAAGAGCUCGAUACCGGGGCUGCUCCUUUUUGGAUUGUGUUUUCAAAACGCUGUGGCUCUGGACUUGCAGUUACUUUUGAAUAAUGCCACCAUCAACCCUUUGGAUUUUCUUAUACCAACGGCCGAUUCGGAAAAUAGGAAAUGCAGGGAGCACAGCUUGCUGUACAAGGAGGAGCUUUCCAAGUUUACAGUUUGGGCCACAGAUAUGUUCGAUUCCUCUACCAAAUUCCCUAGUGGAAUUUUCUUUGGAUCCAUAUUUGACACAGGUAACUUUGACGAAUGUGUAAAAGUUCACCUUCCAAAAGAGGUUGGUUUUUCUGGACAACAUUGUAUGGCCCAUUUCAAGAUAAAACCUCUCAAUCCAGUACAAGUGAGGUCAGGUCAUGUUCUUGAGUACGAUUUGUACGAAAAUAUAUUCAACAUUACGACAUGGCAUAAAAUCAAAAAAUAUUCUCAAGAUGGGUCCAAGCAAUCCAGAGACGAAGUGUACUUCACUUUUUGCAUCCCUUCAUCUUGUACGUACAAGGACUUGGAGGACUCUCUAAAAGCCAAAAUUAACCUUGUUAAGGAUUUUCUUCCUUUCACCUUAGAAGCAGAUGUGAAUUCCAUGAAUUGUCAAGUGGAAAGAGACUUUAAUUUCGGCACUGCAGAUUUCUUAUUCAUGGGUAUUGUAGGAGCUUUUAUCACAUUUGGCGCCGUUGCCACGUUGUACCAUCUGAUUACGAAGUUGGAAGGAAUGAAUGGUUAUAGGUUAGCAGGGAAAAGCCACGAUAUUCUACAAGCGUUUUCCUACUCUCACACCAUAAAGAAGAUGGCAUCUGAGUCGAAUUCUGACGAUGGUAUGGAAUGUAUGCAUGGUAUGAAGACAAUUUCAAUGUUUUUGAUUAUUAUGGGACACAGGAUUAUGUUUGCUGUUAGUUCACCUGUAGAAAAUCCGGUCUUUGUUGAAAGUAUAUAUAGGAAAGCAGAAUUCUCAGCGCUUCUCAAUGGACCAAUCGUUGUUGAUACUUUCUUCACAAUUUCUGGGUUUUUAGCAUGUUAUCUAAUCUUGCUUGAGAUAGAAAAGAGGCAGCAAAUGGUCAACGUUUUAAUGAUCUAUUUACAUCGUUUUAUUAGAUUGACUCCAGCAUACGCUGUGGUACUUGCCUUCUACUGUACCAUCUUCAUACAGAUGGGCGAUGGUCCUUUUUGGCAAGAAAGAAUAGGCGUUGAGCAAGAACGUUGUCUUGAAACCUGGUGGGCCAAUCUCCUUUACCUGAAUAAUUACAUAAUGAAUGAAAAAAUGUGUAUGUUCCAAUCUUGGUACCUAACCUGUGACACCCAUUAUUUCUUGUUGGUGCCCUUUGCUGCGUACUUGCUGUGGAAGAAGCCUAAGGUUGGGGUGUUUUUCUGUUCCAUUAUAAUCUUGGUGGCCGUUGUGGUGCCAUUCAUUGUUAUCUACAAGAACAAGGAGGAGCCUUUCUUGCUGCUAUAUAUGAAGUUGCUGAGGGACCCAGUGGCCAACAAGACUUUCCAGUCCAUUUACACUCCCAGUCACAUGAGGAUGAGCCCAUACUUUAUUGGAGUCCUCGGAGGCUACGCCAAGUUCAGAAUGAGGAAAUCUGGAGCCAAAAUCCCGAACAAAAUCGUCUACCCCACCUGGGUGGCGGGUUUCAUAAUAGCCUUUGGAAUCAUCUUCACAGGGUUCUUAUUCUACGUCCCUACGGAACAUAGAGACUACGUGGUGUCUGGAUUGUAUGGUUCUUUGCAUCACUUUUUGUGGAGUUCUUGCAUGGCUAUGUUGAUCAUUUUUGUAUCGGAAGGAUACGGAGCUUGGUUUGCACCUUUCCUAAAUUGGAGACCGUGGGCACUUUUAGGAAGAAUCACUUAUACAGCUUAUCUUUGCCAAGGUGCAAUACUGCUCUAUAAUGCUGCAAUCACUAGGUCACCAGUUUACACUGGAAUGUUCAACUUGUUCAGCUUCACUUCUUCAGAUAUCGUUUUAUCAUAUGUUGCUGGAUUCUGCCUGAGUUUAGUUUUUGAAUCUCCCAUCAUACAAUUGGAGAAAAUAAUCCUGAGAGGAACUCCUAAAAAUGAUGAUGAACAAGCGGAGAAAAAGAAAAUGAAAAAGAAAGGAGUGAGGAAUGAGGGUUUCGUAGACAUAUACAUCCCUAAAAUAACCACGUUAUACCAUCCUGACAAGGAAAUGGAGAUAACAAGAAAAACUCAUUUUCAGGAAGGAUUUCACAUCACACUGUUAUAUUUUCAUUAUCUUCAUUCGUCUAUCAGAACUCGAAAAAUGAUGUUCUCCCAUAUAGGGGUGCUUUUCGUAUUUUUGUUUUUCGGGGGUACGGUGUGUCAUAAGUUUGAAGUUGUUGUUGACAAUACGACUGUUAAUCUCUUGGAUUUUCUUAUUCCUACUGUUAAUUCGAAAAAUGAGAGGUGUAGGAAUGAUAGCCUUUUUUACCGGCAAGAACUUUCGAGAUUCACUGUUUGGGCAACUGACAUGUUUGAUGCAAGUUCAAAGUUUCCAUCAGGAAUUUUCAUAGGGUCAAUUUAUGAUACUGGAAACUUCGAUGAAUGCGUGAAGGUCAGACUCCCCAAGGAAAUUGGUUUUUCUGGGCAACACUGUAUGGCCCAUUUCAAGUUGAAACCUUUGGAACCAAUCUCCGUCAAAAAGACUUACUCCUUGAAGUACGACGAGUACGAGAACAUCUUCAAUAUUUCCACCUGGCUCAAAAUAGCUAAUUAUGCUCAGGAUGGAUCAAAGCAUUCAAGGGAUGAGAAUUUUUUUUCGUUUUGUCUACCAUCGACUUGUAGUCAUACUGAUGUGGAGGAAGUAUUGAAAGAAAUGAUUGAGGAUACGAAAGAUUAUUUUCCAUUCUCCUUAGACGUUCAUGUGGAUCAAAAAAACUGCCAAGUUUGGAGAAAUUUCGAUUUUUCGUUUGCAGAUCAAAUUUAUAUGGCUAUUGUUGGCUCCCUGAUUCUUAUUGGUAUCCUAAGUACAGUUUACGAUCUAAAUAACAAAGGAGAAAGUGACAACAAAUCCCCAGGUACCUUACAUAAUAUUUUGAAAUCAUUUUCGUUCUCAAAUACUUGUGAAAAACUAACUACUUUCAAAAUAAACGAAGAUGGAUUCAAUUGUCUGAAUGGGAUGAAGGUUUUGACGAUGUGUUUGAUCAUAAUGGGACACAGAAUUAUGUUUUACAUCAGUUCACCAUUGUCAGAUCCAUCUCAUUUCGAAGUUUACUACAGAGUGUUUCCUUUCAUCUUAUUGCUGAAUGGACCAAUCGUAGUGGACACAUUCUUCACUAUUUCUGGAUUUCUGGGAUGUUACAUGAUGCUACUAGAAUUUGAUAAAAGGAAGAAAAUGAUGAACGUUGGAUUAGUAUACAUUCACAGAUUUUUGAGAUUGACGCCAGCUUAUGCUGUUGUUCUUGGAUUUUAUUGCACAAUUUUUGUUCAACUUGGUGAUGGACCAUUUUGGGAGGAAAGAAUUGGCGUUGAACACGAAAGGUGCCUUGCAAGUUGGUGGGCGAACUUGCUGUAUGUAAACAACUAUAUAAAUGUGGAUAGAAUUUGUAUGUUCCAAUCAUGGUACCUAACAUGUGAAAUUCAUUUCUUUUUGACAUUGCCAUUUUUGUCUUAUCUUAUAUGGAAGAAGCCGAAAGCAGGGAUAUUUAUGAUGAUUGUUCUAAUAAUAAUCUCAGCAAUUAUACCAUUCGUCAUCAUUUUGACGGAAAAAGAAGAACCUAUUCUUCAUUUAUAUAUGAAGUUCCUCCGAGACCCAGUUACAAACCACACAUUCCAGAUAACGUACAUCCCUAGUCACAUGAGAUUAGGUCCUUAUUUCAUCGGAAUAAUCGCUGGUUACUUGAAAUACAAAAUCAAGAAGUCAGAUUAUAAACUACCGAAGACAUUGACUGCUUUCACGUGGAUGCUGUUUAUGUUGAUAAUCACCUCGAUCUAUGUUGCGGCAUACACAUUUUAUCUACCCAUAGAGGACAAAGAUUAUGUUUUCUAUGGCACCUAUGGAUCACUCCACCAUUUACUCUGGAGUUUCUGCAUCAGUUGGAUUAUAAUUGCAGUAUCUGAAGGAGCUGGUUCAUGGAUAGCACCAAUUUUGGAAUGGAAACCCUUCAGUUUCUUUGGCAGAAUCACCUACACCACCUAUCUCUGCCAUGGCGCUGUACAAUUAUAUUCUGCAGGAAUCAAUAGAGGCCCAGUUGCUACAGCUUUUUAUUCCAUGGCUACUUUGUCAGCUUCAGAUAUCGUGGAAUCGUUUUUGUUAGGCUUUCUAUUGACUCUUGUUGUAGAAGGUCCUGCCCUGGCCUUGGAAAACAUGAUAUUCAGGAGACACUAUCCAAAAACUAAGAAAGAAGAAGCGAAUAUUGAAGAAAAUGACGUACAAAAUGGAAAUGAAUCUAUGAAAAGAAGUAAUUUUUCGAAAAAAUCGCAAUUGAAUAUUAGGUUUACUGAUGCUUAUAUAUCAAGAACGCCAAUGAAUGAUAAGUGAAUGAAUGACUUUUAUAAUAAUUGCAGAUUAGAAUUAAAUAUAAUUUAAUAUAAAUAAGGAUUCAAGGUGAUCCAUAUACUUGGAAUCUGUAUCUAUAUCCAGACUUUUGUAAAUAUUCACACGGAGUAGGUAUACCAAAUAAUUAUUUUGUAAAAGUACGUUACUUAUUACCUAAUUUGUAUAUAC